UCGGUAUUGGUGAACUGACGUCCACGCACCGCGCUACCCAACUGCUCCUGUUUCUUAAUUGGCUCCGUAUCAGUUCCCAGAACAUUGACCUUGGCUUGUCGCGUCUUCCUGUCUUCCCUGAUUAUCGCCCUCAAAAUAUUAUCGCCUGAGGCUUUGCAAUUUCCCUCAUAAAUAGUCUGCAGUAAUAUAAGACUGUGGCUCGUUGUCACAUCAGAUUAGGAACACCGUUGUCACUUGAACCGGCCUCCAUUUCACAAUAGCUCGAUUAAAAGCCCAAUCUUUGGUUUAAACUCCAAACAAGAUUUAGAAAAGCCUCCAAUCAGUUGCCCAUGAACACCUUCCCUUCCUUCAGCUCGCCUCCCCCCAACACACCAACCAUCCAGUCGGUGUGCAAACCCUGCCUCCGGGCCCCGUGGAGGAUGAGCGAUGGGUCCACGCUCGACUACGAGUUGCUGCUGUCCCCGGCCGGCUCUUCCCUCCCCGGCGGCGCUGGCGGCGGCGGCGGCAGCGGCAGCCCUCCGCUGGCCUUGGUCGGGGUGGAUGCCGAGCAGCGCACGGCUUUGGCCUUCGUGGGCCUCCUCAUGCUCUUCCUGGUCUUCCUGCUGGUCAGGUGCUUCAGGAUCCUGCUGGACCCCUACAGUCGCAUGCCCGCAUCAUCCUGGACUGACCACAAGGAGGGGCUGGAAAGGGGUCAGUUUGAUUAUGCCUUGGUGUAAGGAGGGGUUGAAGAAGGGUAACGAUGCACACGGAUACAAUCUUUCAGAGCUUUGAAAUGAAAUCCAAAUGUGGACAAUGAAUCGGAUUGUGAACAGACUCAAGGAGUUUAUUUAUUUAUUUUUUGCUAAUACGUUGGUGUAAAAUCCUAGUUUGGGUGACGUGCGUUAAUGUAAAUAUGAGGCAUACCAUGACCGCACUCAUACCGACCAGCAGGACCACAAAAAGCCAAAAUAAUGAAGCUGCCUUAAUCUGACCUGUUGUACAAGCUUGACAGCACAGCACAGCAUCAUGUGAGCAAAAUAUAAAUACAUUCAUCAAUUUUCAUCAUUACCCAUAUUGAUUUGAGGCAGGGUUUUUCAAAUGGGGGACAUUGAGAGAAUAUAAAACAGCUAAAUGGAACUAUAGUCUAAUAUAUAUUUAUAUUUAACAAAUUGCAUUGAUUAUAUUGCACUGAGACACCAGACACGAUUUCCAUUUCUGGUUUUAUGCCAGUUCUGGUUCCAUGAUUUUUACCAUUACUGGUUUGUGGUGGCAACACCUACGGGCCCUGUUUCCAUCUGCAAGCGCACAUGCGCUCGGCAACAAAACUGGUGCAUCUUCAUUUUCGUUCCGGGGCAAGUCUAGUUUGGGCAUUUGGAAGCCCAUGCUGUACCUCUCUCGGUAUUCCGGCAGGCUAAGGACGUUUUCUAUUGCACGAUUAUGAUUCAAUCCCGGCUCCGGCCUUCCUGUGUGGAGUUUGCAUGUUCUCCCCGGGCCUGCGUGGGUUUUCUCCGGGUACUCCGGUU